AUGCUUAAAAGGUUGACACUACUGUUAACCCUACAAACCCUAGCGUUAUUCCUCUUUGCAACAGGAUUUUUCCCUCAAAAGACAGUCAUAAAAGGUGAUUCUCAAUUCCAAAUAAAUGCAACUCUACAAUCACAAACCCGUCCCACUUUCAAUAAACUUGUCCUCAUAGUGAUAGAUGCCCUUAGAUCAGAUUUCCUUUUUGAUUCUCAAAAAUCACAUUUCCAUUUCGUCCAUUCUCAAUUAAACAAAGGAACUGCAUGGGGAUUUACUGCAUAUUCAAACCCACCUACAGUAACUUUACCACGCUUGAAAGGUAUCACUACGGGAUCCACUCCUAAUUUCCUUGACGCAAUCUUAAACGUCGCCGAAGAUGAUAUCUCUUCGACGUUGGAGGAUCAAGAUUCAUUGAUAAAACAAUUCUAUAUGCAAGGCAAGAAUUUGAAAUUUUUUGGUGACGAUACAUGGUUGAAAUUGUUUCCUCAUCAUUGGUUUAGUGAAUUUGAAGGAACCAAUUCAUUCUUUGUUUCUGAUUUUGAAAUUGUGGAUAAGAAUGUUACUAGACAUCUUCCUGAACAAUUAGCUGCUAAUGAUGCAGAUGUUUUGAUUUUACAUUAUUUGGGGUUGGAUCAUAUUGGACAUAAAGAUGGGGCUUCUUCGAAAUUUAUGAAGCAUAAACAUUUGGAAAUGGACGAGAUUAUUAAGAUGAUCUAUGAAAGCACACAGUACUCGAACGAGUAUGAUGAUAAUACUUUGAUGGUAGUUAUGGGUGAUCAUGGGAUGAAUGAAGUUGGAAACCAUGGUGGUUCAUCUGCAGGUGAAACAUCUGCAGGUAUGGUUUUCUUAUCUGAAAAAUUAGCUAAAUAUUCUACACCACAGGAACAAAUGAACUUCGAGGUACCUCUUUUACCAAAUUUGAAUGAGGAAGGACAAAACAAUUUCCAGUAUUUGAAUUCUAUUCAACAGGUUGAUCUUGUUCCAACUCUAGCCACUUUGUUUGGCUUACCCAUUCCUAAGAAUAGCGUUGGUGUUAUAAUUCCUGAAUUUUUACAAAUGUUAGACCCUCAAAUUAUUUCAACAAAGAUUAAAGAAAAUUAUAAUCAAUUACUACAAUUGUCAAAGAAAUCAGCAAACGAGUAUGAAUAUAAUUUUGAUUCAGAUUUAGAUGUAAAUCAAGAAAUUUUGCAAAAUGAAAUGAAAAAUAUUCAAAACGAAUUGACCAAGACAGCUACUAAUUACAAUUAUAACCUAUUAAUUAUUGGUUACUCCAUUUUAGUCAUAUCAACAUUAUUCACAUCAUUAUUAAUAUGGAAAGAUUAUUCAAAGAAAAAUAUAUUUCAAUUGAUACCAAUCACCGUAAUAUCUAUCAUGUUAGGUGUUUCCACUUUUUCCAGUAGUUUUGUAGAGGAAGAACAUCAAAUUUGGUGGUGGAUCACAACAGGAUUUAUUACCGUUUCUUUAGUAUCCACUUUAACACUUCAAAAUGGAUUUUCACCAUUGAAAACUAUCUUGUAUCAUCUCAUAAUCUUCGGUUGUGCCAGGAUCCUUCGUGGAUGGAGUAAUAGUGGACAAAAAUAUAUUUACGAUCAUGUAUUAUCAAAUGUUUUAAAAUCACAUACAAAUAUUCAAUGGUAUUUAAACCUGUUGACAAUUCUUAUCAUAGGAUUUCAAAAAGAUUCCACGUCAAACUUUUUCAAAUUUACUAUUACAUUUUUCCUAAGUGUUUUAUGCUUCAUAUAUAAGGUUAAUUGGGCCAUUGUUAAUAAUGAAAAUGUUCCAGAUUGGUUUUAUGCUUCCACAUACGAAGCUUGCUCUAUAUUGAUUGGACCCACUGCAACAACUUUCCAAGAUUCAUUGAUCCCCAUGGCUAACCUUUUCUUGAAAGCAAUUGUAACUACAAUAAUAGGAAGAAUAAUAUAUUCCAAGAUUUUCAUUGGGAAAAAUAAUAAGGAUAGUUUGUUAAUUCCCGAUAUUGUUAAAUAUAUUAAACUACUUUUAAUUUUUGAAACAUCUUCAACAAAAAUAUCUCAAUUCUUAAUAUUUGAGAUCAUCAACCACAUAUGGCCAAAAUUAUUAAACUUAGUAAAGGACACCAGCGACAACGACAUUGCAAAUAGUAUUGAAUUGAGUUUGAUCCCACUUAUAUCCUUAAUCUUACAAAAUUUCACAUUUUUUCAAUUUGGUGGGACGAAUUCGAUUGCAACAAUAGACAUUUCCAACGCAUAUCAUGGAAUAUCAGAGAAUUAUAAUAUUUAUCAAGUUGGAUUGUUUAUGACGAUAUCAAAUUUUGCUCCAUCGAUAUAUUGGACCAUAAUCACAUGGCCAACCUUAUACAAUAGCACCUCUAUUACAAACAAGAAUAGUAAAUGGAUAAUAUUUGCUUCAAAUAAGUUGCCAAUCUUGUUUUUUAAUUGUAUCGUCGGAUGUUGUCUACUAGCCUCUUGCUAUAUCCUGAGGUAUCAUUUGUUUAUUUGGAGUGUCUUCAGUCCCAAGCUUUGUUACUUCUUGGGUUGGAAUUUAUUCAUGAAUUCCAUCGUUGGAUAUAUUGUUGAAGGAUUAAUUGUUGCAUUAGCUUAG